AUGAACGUGAAAGCCGACCACGAAGAUCUAUAUCAGAAUAUGAAUCAGAGACAGCGCGAGUUGUACGAUGAAGUCAAGAAUGCGAAUGGAGAGCUCGACCUGGAGCUAGGUCAGAUUGGCGAUGAAGAAGCGAAGGCGAUUGCUGAGGCACUCAAAGUGAACAAUACAGUGACUGAGCUCUUUCUGCAAGAGAAUGACAUUGGCGAUGUUGGAGCGCAGGCCAUUGCCGAGGCACUCAAAGUGAACACGAAGUUGACUACGGUCUAUCUUUACAACAAUCUGAUUGGCGAUGUUGGAGCUCACGCGAUCGCUGAGGCACUCAAAAUGAACACGACGCUGACUACGCUCUAUCUGGGCAAGAAUCAGAUUGGCGAUGUUGGAGCGCAGGCCAUUGCUGAGGCGCUCAAAGUGAACACGACUCUGAAGGAGCUCUAUCUUGAAAGGAACUUCAUUUCCGAAAAUGGCAUCAAGGCCUUGAAUCAAGUCGGCAACAGAUCAUGCAAGCUUUGGACGGACGAUCAGCGCAAGCCGUCACCUGCUCAACUACAGGAGAUGGCGUCUCGCGCCGCUCAAGCCCGUCCCAGCGUGCUGUUAGAUCAGAAUACGAAUCAGAGACAGCGUCAGUUGUACGAUGAAGUCAAGAAUGAGAGUGGACAGCUCUAUCUGGAUCAAGAGCGGAUUGGCGAUGAAGAAGCGAAAGCGAUCGCUGAGGCACUCAAAGUGAACACGACGCUGACUACGCUCAAUCUGCAACAGAAUCAGAUUGGCGAUGUUGGAGCGCGGGCGAUUACUGAGGCACUCAAAGUGAACACGACGCUGACUACGCUCUAUCUGAGUGCGAAUCAGAUUGGCGAUGUUGGAGCGCAAGCGAUUGCUGAAGCACUCAAAGUGAACACGACGCUGACUUGGCUCUUUCUGGACAACAAUCUGAUUGGCGAUGUUGGAGCGCAGGCGAUUGCCGAGGCACUUAAAGCGAACAAGACGCUGAAGGCGCUCAAUCUUGAAAGGAACUUCAUUUCCGAAAAUGGCAUCAAUGCUUUGAAACAAGUCGGCAACAGAACAUGCAACCUUUCGACGGACGAUCAGCGCAAGCCGUCACCUGCUCAACUACAGGAGAUGGCGUCUCGCGCCGCUCAAGUCCGGGCCACCAUUCCAACAACUAAAGAUCCGCAAGUUGCCCGUUCUGCAGCCGGCAUGCCACACGCGGCUCCAAGUUCCAGCUACGCUGCUUCUGCUCCGACGCCUCCGCCCCGUCCUCCCAAACCUGCAACGUUACGAAUGUCCAGUUCCAAGUCAAGCGCGCAUCAGGAUAUCCGUCAACUGCAAGCUCGCAUUGCCCAGCUCGAACUCGAGCGCCAAGCACCACCAACAACCUCUGCUGUCCCCAUCCUCUCCAGCAUUCCGCGAGUGUCGUUGCAAGUUCUGUCACAAGCCACAGCGCAGUUUUCAGAGUCUAAGCGCAUUGGUGGAGGAGGAUUUGGCAGCGUCUACUCUGGAGUCUGGAGCGGUCAGCGAGUUGCUGUCAAACGCUUGGCAGCGGAUUCAACCCAAGGCGUCGCUCAAUUCGAGGCAGAGCUCGAAGCCCUCUCGCGUUUCCGUCACCCGAAUAUCGUCACCAUCAUGUGCUAUACCCAGGAAGGCAACGAGCGCUGCUUGGUCUACGAACUGAUGGCCAACGGUUCUGUUCGCGACCGUCUCGAUCGCAAGGGUGGCACGCCUGCAUUGAGCUGGCAGCAACGCCAAAAUAUUGCGACCGAUAUUGCAAAUGCUAUGCACUUUGUGCAAACUGCCAUUCCGCGUCAGCCGCUGUUCCACCUGGACCUCAAGACAGACAAUGUACUUCUGGACGCUCACUUCAACGCAAAGGUCGCCGACUUUGGUCUGACGCGCUCUGCGCCAGCUCAAGUAGAUGCGCACAGUUACAUUCGUACGCAGACUGUUCAAGGAACCCUUCAGUACAUUUGCCCACAGUACCAACACGAAGGCAAGGUCUCCGUCAAAACUGACGUGUACUCGUACGGCAUGAUUCUGCUUGAGCUCGUUACUGGACAGCAGCCCAGCAUCGACUUGAUGUCUACCGUUCGACACCAGCUGAAGCGGAGCCGUAAAAUCGAUGCACUGCUUGACAAAGCCGUUGACUGGAGCAGUCAAGACAAGGAGUCGGUUCAAGUCAUCGCCGAGCUUGCGGUUGAUUGCCUCGAUCCCGCACGAGUCUAUCGACCAUCGUUCGGCGAGGUCCUGAGACGAUUGUCGGGGGAAGAAGCUGAAGUAAAUGAGGACGAGCCGAUCGAAAACAGUGAUCGCGAGUGCUUGCUUUGUUGGAGCGCCCCGACGAAUGCCAAGCUGAUGCCGUGCUGCCACGCAUGUGUCUGCGUUGCAUGUGCUCAAGAAAUGAUACAGCGUCGAGACAAGUGCAUGAUUUGCCGCGUCCCUCCGACCGCCUUUGAAACUGGCAAAUACAACCAGACUUUUGUUCCGUGAGCCUUUCUGUUGUUUCUUGUUGAUGAUGUUCUGUAGCUGUAGAUGUUGCUGUUGCUGCUUGCUGUUGUUGUUGAUGUUUGUUGUUGCUGCUGUUCAAG